CGUCAUCAAUUGCGACUUUUUUGUGUUUUUCGUUGUUAUUAUAAUGCUGGUGUAAUAUAUGUUUCUGUUUGCUUGGUUUUUUAACUUGAUCUGUUCCUGAUAUUGCUGAAUGUUAGUCGGUCGAAUUUUAUGGCUGCGGAGUAAAUUGUCGAAUGUCAGUGCUCUAUGGGGUCUCAAAAUCCAAGCCUUCCUUUAGAGAAUGCUUCCAUCCUCUCAGAGGGUGCUUUGCAAGAAGGUCAUCGACUGUGGAUUGGAAACUUGGACCCUAAAAUAACAGAAUACCACCUUCUUAAGCUUCUUCAGAAGUUUGGUCAAGUGAAACAGUUUGAUUUUCUUUUUCACAAAUCUGGCCCACUCGAAGGACAACCUAGAGGAUAUUGUUUUGUCAACUUCGAGACAAAAGAGGAAGCAGAACAAGCAAUACAGUGUCUAAAUGGCAAACUGGCCUUGUCUAAGAAACUAGUAGUUCGCUGGGCUCAUGCUCAAGUUAAGAAGUAUGAUCAUUUCAAGAAUGAUAAAGUUCUUCCAAUUAGUCUAGAACCAUCAGCUAGCACCGAACCAGCACAGUCCAACGUGAGCAUUAAUGCAAAAAUAAGAGCCAUAGAAGCCAAGCUCAAAAUGAUGGCAGAGAACCCAGAUGCAGACUUCACUGGACCCUCCACUUACUCCUUCAACAAGCCUACAGAGAAAAAAAAGACUAACCCUUAUUCUAGAGCUAAACCUGGUUGCAAGUCGAGAAGAUGAUUGUAUAAUGAGAUCUUGCUGCGCACUGAAAAACUGUCUUGCCUUUCAAGUGACAUUUCAGUACUUUGAACUAGCAACUUUAAAAGCCACUUUGCUCAUUACACUGUAUGUGGUAAAUUCUUUGUAUAUAUUAGACCUUUAGUACUGCAAUAAUUGUUUUUCUCCUUCAGAACAGAAGGCAGGAAAAUAUGUUCUCCACUGGAUGACCGCCAGUAUUUUGUAGCAGGUUAUAGUAUUUAAUAUUUAAGAUGGCAAUAUUUAUCUCAUUUUACUGGUAUGUUACUUUGUCUUGGUUUAUCUUUUGUAAAAAUGUUCUUUGUUCGUUAAGAAAUGAUAAAAGUUAAGGUUUGUAGUUUAAACUUCAGUGCUUAAAGAGCUGAACUUUGCUUUGGUUUGUACGACUUUCAUAUUCCUUAAUAGCUACAUUGUAACAGUGGGAUACUGUAAUAUUUGUUCAGCACUUGUUUUACAGACAUUUCUGGUAGUGUGAUAUUUAUGUCACAGAGGUGUAAUUUUUAUUUUUUAAUUUUGUCCCACAAAAGGCCCACUUAGGCAGAGCCUCUGAUACUGCUGAAACUGAUUAUUUGGGGAGAUUCACUGAUGGCUAACGGGUAUAACUUAUUUUGCCACUCUGUUCUGCCGGAUAAUUGAAGUUGUACUGCUCACUUCACUGUAUGUAAUUUCUUCCUUUGGAGACAGGAAAAGUCUGUAAGUAACAGAUUGUUGCUAGUAAAUUAAAUUACAUUUUUUACUGUCCUUUCACUGAA